AUAAAGUAUGUACGGAAUUGUAAUGGUAAACAAAAGAUAAUACAGUUGAUAUUUGCACUAAAUAAAUAGAAUAAUUAGUAUGCAUAUUUGUAGUAUUUUUUAUAUUUCUAAAACGGAAAUAAUUAGUAUUAUGGGAAUGUAUAUUAUAAGUAUUAUGAAAGAAGUGACAGAGGUCAGGAGAUAAUACUUGCAAAUUUUUUGGUUUGUUUUCAGGUAGACAUUCUUGCGUGCAGAAAAAAUAGAGACGUCAGACUAGAAGUGAAUAGCGGAGAAAAAACAGUUACUUCACAAGGAGGGAUGAAGAAAGAAGAGAAAAAAAUGAACAAUGGAGUGUAAUUGAGAAAAAAAUGUAGCAAGAUUUAAUAUUAUAUUUUGUGAGCUUGGUGAAUAAUCCUGCAGAUUAAAAAAAGCACAGUGAUGGCCAUGACAUCAGGAACAAAUAAGUGGGCCUCAAGGGCUGUGGUGAUUCUACAACUCGCAGCAUGGAGUGCUGUUGGUAUUGUGCUGCUGCAAAAAGGUGUGUCGUCGCUUCAGAAAGAAUCAGAGCCACGAAAUAUUAGUCAGAUUAUUCCUAUAAGUUCUCCUAGUUUUCAUCCGUCAGAAGACAAAGAUCUUUCAGUUAUUCCCAUCAUCAGUGAACAUACAAAGGUGAAAGAGAAUCCCAAUCCACAGAAUAGUAUUUUGAGUGAAAAAUUACAAGGUGGAGGAAUAAAUCGUGAUGUUCUUGCUGACAAAUCUAAAGUGAAUGCUCCAGGGACUCUAGAGUUCAAUGAAGAAAUCGAUGGACCAAAGGUGCUAGAGAGUGUUGAUCCACUAGCUAAAGAAGAGCUAGAAAAACAAAAAGAAAUAUUAGAGGAAAUAAAUAAUCUAAAAAAGACUGUAAAACAAAAAAAAGUUGAUGAUACGUACAAAAAAGAUACUGAUGAGUUAAUUCCAAGUAAUAAAUCUAAAGGUUUUUCUUCUAUAAAGUUAGUGGACAAUAAAAAUCUACUAAAUUCAAGUGCUGCAGAUCAAGAAAACCAAAGAGUUUCAGAGAAGACUGAUGAUGUAUCUUUAAAAAGUACUCAUGUGAAUAUAUUUCAAACAGAAGAUCAUCUUGAGAAUAAAACUGUUCCAGCAUCAUCGACAUCAAAGCCGAGUGUUUGGGAAACCAGAAGACGACUUAGAUUAUCACAUUUGAGUGGAGGUGGAGCAGCUGCAGCUGUUGCUAUGGUUGCUGUUGGAGCAGUGAUGUUAGUCUUAGGACCAGCGGUGAUAGUCUUACGAGCACUUGAUGAACGUCGACAGGAAAGAAGAUUUCAAAAGCUAGCAGCACGAGAUGAUUUACCGCCAACUUAUGAGCAAGCAACUCUGAUGGAUGAAGCGCCUAGAUACUCUAGCUUGAGUUUGAAUACCAUUCUUGGACCACCGCCACCACCAUCACCAACUCCAGCUCGAGUUCAUUUGGUCUAAAUGAUUUUCCGACAUGAAAAAACAAUUUUAAGUGACAUCAAAAAGUGUUUAUUUAGUGAGAGUUGAAAUAAUAAAUGAACAUAAUCUUGUGCUUUUUCAAGUAUUUUUAGCUAAAUUCAAGUGUUCUCACGAAUGAUUUCCGUCCAUGAAAAAAUAGUAAGAGUUCCCAAGUUUGUCAGAAUAAUUUUGGAAUAAGAAACAUUGAAAUGACACUGUGAUGAGUAAAUUCUUUAACCUUAGUGAUAUGUCAAGCUCCUGGCACAAGCAUCAAAACCAAUUAUUCUCAAUUGACCGGGAAUUGACCCCAGUGAACUCGUUGGUAUCAACACCUAACACUUAUUUAAGCAAUUAUUGCAUUUAUAUUGCAAAAAUUGAACUAGAGAAGAAUCUUAUUCACAUCUCAGAUCCAGAUAUUAAAGCGGAAAAAUCUGUUUUAUCGUUCAUUCAUAUUGAAUAAAUUCUAUAAGUGAUGAAAAAAGAUUUCGAUGCUCGACUGUUAAUAAUAUUAUUAUCAACUACGUGUGUAAUUAAUCAAUCAAGUAAUUAGUAUAAUUAUAAAUUUUAAAUUAAUUUGAAAUGUACAUAAAAAUCAAGUCAUUUAUUUAUAUGAACUUGUUUUUAUCAGUUAAAUACUAAAUUAGAUUUUUAGAGUAUUAAAAACUGUUAAUUAUCAAAUGUGAGAAGACUGAGUGUGAGCAUUUUGAUGAAGUUGGUUGGUAUUGAAAAAUAAUGACAUAAGAUUCUAAAGAAAAUGUUAUUUUAAUUGUAUAUAAUUGCGAUAAUAUAUCUUAAAAUAUUUAUAAAGACUCUUAUGUGGGAAUGAAUAAAGUGAUUGAAAAGAUGAUGGUA